GAUGACUUUCUUAGUGAAUUAUGGCCUCCAGUUAGUGAGAACAACCAGCACAAGAGUAGAAUUAAGGAGGAGAAAAAACCCAAAACUUCUUCAGGGAAACCAGUCAAAUUGAACAACACUGCAGAUGCUCAUUUGGAAGUGGGUGGCGAGGGCAUCAAGAAGUUACUGACAGUACCAGACCAAGAAGUUGGAGAUCAUCUGGUGUUAACAAGUCCAACUGGAAGCAGUGACUACCUUGAAAUACCUGAUUCUCCUGAACCUGAACGGUCACAUGAUUUGGGAGUGGGAUCUGUGGUAGAGGUUACCGUAAGUGGAGAACCACGUUAUGGAGUGAUUCGUUGGAUUGGAAUUGUACCUGAAGACAAGAAAGCACGGAAAGUUGCUGGAAUAGAGAUGGAGGAAGAACACUUUGGCUACAAUGAUGGCACUUUUAAUGGGCGCAGAUAUUUCCAGUGUAGUCCAAGGAAGGCCAUGUUUGUCAGCCUUAAUAUGUGUCAAAAGGAUGGCAGGUUUCAAGAUGUCCAUCCUGUACUGAAUGACACAAAAAUAAAAACGUUUGGGCAGGUGCAGUGUCCAGUGAUCCCUGGUGCAGUUGGACCUAUAAGCAGGAAAGGAAAUCUUGAAAGUUUGUGUGGAAAGUAUCGAGGCAUUCAGGGUCACCAUAAUUCAUGUUACCUAGAUGCUACACUCUUCAGCAUGUUUACAUUUACAAGUGUGUUUGACAGUUUACUUUUCCGGCCACAAACUGAAAAUGAUGUGCCCCAGUAUCAAGAAGUGCAGAGGGUUCUGCGGGAAGAGAUAGUAAAUCCUUUACGCCAGAAUUUGUAUGUCAGGGCAGACAGAGUGAUGAAGUUAAGGACAUUGCUUGAAAAUCUGAGUUCUGUCACGGGAUUAACAAGCGAAGAGAAAGAUCCAGAAGAAUUCCUUACAUCAUUAAUAGCUCAGAUACUUCGGGCUGAGCCUUUCCUGAAACUGAGUUCAGGGCAAGAAGCUUAUCAUUACCAGCUGUUUGUGGAGAAAGAUGAGCACCUCAUCCUUCCAUCAGUUCAGCAGCUAUUUGAGCAGAGUUUUCUAGCUAGUGACAUCAAGCUGAAGGAGGUGCCUGCCUGUUUAAUUAUUCAGAUGCCCAGGUUUGGAAAGUCCUUCAAGAUGUACCCACGCAUACUGCCUUCACAGCUUCUAGAUGUUACAGACAUCAUUGAAGACUCUCCUCGACAGUGCACAGUCUGUGGGAAGUUGGCUGAAUUUGAAUGUAAGGAUUGCUUUGGUGAAUUUGGAGUUGGACUGGAGAGUAUCGCAUUCUGCGCGAAGUGCCUAGAAACAGUUCAUAGCCAUCAGCGGCGUAGUAGUCAUGGAUGGCGUCCUCUCUCUGUACCCAUUGAAUUCUCCAUACUGCAGGACCACUGUCCAGUUCCUCGGUUGUUCAUGGAAUUGUUUGCUGUUGUGUGCAUUGAAACCUCACAUUAUGUGGCCUUUGUCAAAUGUGGCAGUGGCUCUGAUGCACCUUGGUGUUUUUUUGAUUCUAUGGCUGAUAGAAAAGGUGAGCAGAAUGGCUACAAUAUUCCUGAAAUGGUAUCAUGUCCAAACCUUCCAUAUUGGUUGUCUGAUGAUGGGGCCCAAUCUCUCCGUGAGAUGAAAGAUGAUCGUCAGCUGCCAGAACAUGCCAAGCGUUUACUGUGUGACGCAUAUAUGUGCAUGUACCAGAGUCCUGAUGUCAUGAUGUACAGAUAGGAAGGUAAUAUGUAGCAUUUAAAAUCCACCUGAGUUUGUGAUUUGUAUGAUAUUUUGUAUUUUAAAUGAAAAAUGGCUGUACAUGAAGUGUUACUGUAUAUUUUGUGAAGGAAAGAGACUUGCAGUUUGAUGUAGAAAUAAAGUUCUUUAUUGACAGCAGCAAGAAGGAUAUCCAGAUUUCUCAACUUCAGUGGCCAGUAUGGAGCAUUAUGACUUCCAGUUCAUUUCUGAUAUCAAAAUGUACAGUACUGCCAAUACUUACCCUUUAAUGUAUGGCACUUCACUGUUGAACACAACAUUUUAAUAUUGUACAAGUGUUACUCUGUGCUAUUACAUUUUAUUUAAAAUGAACAGUGUGUUAAAAUAACAUAAAAAUUUAUAAAACCAUUGUAGCAGCAUAUGAUUCGAAGAUAAUUACAUUUUCUAACAAUGCAGCAUGUUGUGAACCACUGUAUUCAUCAAUCUAUUGCUUUUACCAGCAGUAUAGUUUUUAUGACUGGACUUAUUCUGGAUGUUAGUUAAUUUACAUAAAUUUGAUAAGAAUGGCCAGUUCACUAUAUACAUGUAUGCCCUUUGUAUGUGUUGUGUACAUGUGCGUGCACACGCACGUGCACACACACUAAAUAGAAAUCUUCAUCAAGUAGAAAUGCUGAGUGACUCCACACUGUCAUGUCCAGUUGUUGCAGGUAAUUUAUGAACAGGAAGAAGUAUUCUCCUGCAAUAUGUUGUGUGGACAACUUGUGUAGGUUCUGAAGGGACAAUUUGUUCAGGUGUGCAUUAAUUGACUCAGUCCUUAGUAAAGAGAGGCUGUUGAUUUGUGAGAUUUGAGGUUCUUAUGGCAGUUAAGAUGUUGAUUUUGGUCUUCUGAGUAAUAAUGCCAUGUAGACUUGCAGGUAGAUACCAACAACAUUUCUGAUGUGAAGAUGAAGACGGUAUGUUCCUCCAAAAUGUUGGUGUUUACCUUCAUCCCCACAUAGCUUUACUGCCCAAAGAAACAACAUUUGUGUUCACUGAUGAAAGAAAUAGGCAUGGAUGAAUUAUUUAAGGGAGGGUGAAUGGGAUUGGCAGUCCUCAGUGUGAGUGUUGGAAGUAACAUGAUUUUCAUCAGGAAAAUAAAACAAUUAUGUUAUGUCUGUGGAGUCCCUGGUGAAAACGUUAUUUAUUGGUCUUUGUUAGUUAUCUGAUUUGUUAAGCUAAGUUAGGAUAUUUAUAUAUCAGGUCAAUAUUUUAAUUAAAUUUAAAAACAUUCCAUGCAUAAUACCAUGGGGAUAAAAGUCAUACCCUCAUUUUAAAGUCAUGUUUCCAAGUAAGUAUUGCAAAAUGUACCUGUUAGCUUCACCAGGCCAGAGUUGAAUAAAUUUUCAUGAAAUUUUAUAGUAGUUUAACUAAAAUUUGUUUACACAUUUAAAUUUUCAUCAGGUCAGACAAAAGCAAUGGGUUAUUUGCAUAAAGACCUGCAUGUGUUUCUUCAUGCAGAAUUGACUGGGUGAGGAGUUCCCAGCUGUUAAAGUGUACAUACAAACUACUACUACUACUACUCUGUGGCACUACAGCCCUUUUGUAGGGCCUUGGCCUUCCCAACAAGUUUUAUCCAUUUUGAUAUAUCCUCUAAAUUCCAUCUUCCUGAUAUCUUCCUCCACAUCCAGUCACCUUAUGCUCGAUCUCCCAAUUUAUAUCUUAAAGCUGUCGGACAUUCUCAGCAUUUCACUGCAUUGCCAUAACACAGUUAAAAAGUUUUAUACAGAAUGUAGAAUGGAGGUAUCUCCUUAUUUCCCUACCAGAUUUCACAGGCAGCUACUACUGAAUUUAGUUUGGCUGCCACAUUCUUUUACAGCAAAAAGAAGAACGCUGUAUGAACCUAUUAUCAUAAGCCUAAUCAUCAUCUAUUGUUUCUACAAUCCUGUCUCUCCUUAUAACUAUGGAAAACUAAAUUUAAUCUGAUUACUGUUUAUAAACUUUAAUAUAAUGAAAUGUAUACGUUCAACUCUCAAAUCCGACAUCUUUUAACAGGGUUCAGUAUGUCCUAUGACAUGUAUGAAAUAUUUUUGUGGGAUAUAUACUCAUAGUAUUAGUGUAUCCACUGUGUGUAAGACAUUUGAGCAUUCUGUUUUCUGUUAGUCAUUCUUUAAUUUUAGAGAAACCAAAGAUUAUUUACUUGAUGCUCUACAGUGUUUCACCAUGUGUUCAUUUGUGUGCUAUUCUAAAUACUGUGUGUGAGUUUAUUCCUCACCAUAAACUUGGAUUCAUCAAUUUUUACAAUAUUAGUUGGAAUGAUGGUUUUUCAGAAGUAUGUAAAAUUCUUGAACAUACAUCUCAGUAGGGCCAAUGAGUUAAUAAUGGUGCAAUUGGGGAUUUCCAGAACCAUAUAUGCUCUUUCUACUUGGAAACUCUCAGAUCAAGAUGUAUGUAAAUAUAAGUGCUUUUUUAAGGACUGAAUUUGUGUUCAAACAACUUGUCCUUCCUAAAAGAACAACAAACAUUAUGCCUGCUUCUGCUUCAUGAGUCUAUACACCUCCAUUUAUAAUCAUUGCUUUUAUUGCAGUGUUGGACUAAUUUCAUAUUGUUGUGAAGGGUAGGACACCAAUAAUGUUGGUGAAAGUUGUGAGUUGCAAAACGAUUUCCUGAUGAUUUCACUAGUGCUGCUGUUUGGUACUGUUUGUGUUUGACCUUGCAAUGUGAUGAAGUAGGUGGACUUAAAAAGUGUACAAAUGUUUUCAGUGAAUUCUAUACAUUGUAUAAUGUGAAAAAUGAUGAAAAGCUAAUUGUGUUAUCUCACCACUUCCAGUCACUGAAAGUUAUUCAUGUGUUCAGUGUAAGAGUGGUUGCUUUGUCUUACAACUCUGUGAAGGAAAUGUGGUAGUCUUAUAGAGCUCUGUGGGAAUAUUUCAGCUGAGCUUGAUAUGAUGCUUCAAGACCUAAUGCAGAAAUAACAAACAUCGAGAUACAGAAGAAAUCUUUCGAAGGUAUGAUCUUUCAUUACAAAUUUGAAUUUGUUACUGGCCACUCUGCAGGUACUGCAAAAUAUAAUGAAUUUUUGCUUGUUUCAUAUGAGUAAAAUAAUGUCUAGAAUACAGUUUAACUAAUUUAUUUUGGAAGGUUUUGUAAUACUUCAGUGAAAUGAUUUGAGUGAAUCCAAUUUACACAUUCAUAAAAUAAAAGAACUUUGGGACCCAAAUGUAUUUUGGUAAACAAGAAACAGCUUGAAUGCACAUAUGUUAAAGAUAUGAGUAUCCUUUAAUGAUUAUCACAUAAUAAGAAAAGGGAAUUAUUUAUUACUUACACCCAUUUGCAUUUGUAACAUAGGUUGUCCAUUAUUUGUUAUAAUAUUCAGUCAUGUAAUGCAACACCACACAAGACAAAGAAUUUGUAUGUGUUAUGUAUUCUUUGCACAAUAUGCAUAGGCUGAUCAUGUCUAUCCAUGAUGUUUCAACUCAAAAAUCACUGAAUGGAUUCUGAUAUGGACAUUAUGCUAAUGGAAGCAACCCCAAACUCAUACCAUUUAUGUGGGAUUUGACGUUUUUAUGGUGGUGAGCAUGAUCUGAGUUUUGGCAUCAUGUAGACUCAUAACCUUCAGCCCUGAAGAUGAAAAUAGUGUUUGUUCAAAAUGUUUGCAACUGCCGAAAAGCCUAUAUGGUGUCAAAACCUAGAUCACCAACUGAUUUUUUGUUUUAAAAAUGUAGGCAAAAGGUUGUUCAAAACUUAAAAAUGGCCCUGUUGGAGAGAGAACCCUUGAGAAAUUUUAUUUGGAAAAUUUGGCACGAGGGUACCCAAAAAAUAUGCAGUGGUUCAUAUUAGAAACUUUUUUUAAGAAAAUGUUACCUUUCAAGAGCCAAACUUGGGAGAAUGAUUUUUAUUUUAAAAAUUAGGCAAAAGUGACCAAAACGCUUACACAACAUGUAAAAAAUAUAUAUACUGGUAAUAGCUGAACAAGCACUGCUAGCAAACUAACACUAAUGCUUUUAAUGCUCCAUUUCAGUGCAUAUUUUAACUAGUACAGAUUCCAAGCAUGAUAAAUUUGUCAGAUAUAACUUCAGAGUUUUGCACCAUCACCAUACUUAUAAUUCUUGUUGUGAAGGUACAUUUGUAUUUAUCAUUGUCAAAGCAAAAAAUAAAAUGUAGGUUUUGUAAGUCUGCCAUGUUAUUUUGUACUGUGCAGAAAAUCACUUUAACAAAAGCUGCACAUUUUUUAAGACCUGUAAUCAGACAAAAUUUUAGGAUCCUCAUUAAUUGCUGUAUUAAUGUAACCUCGUAACUUUGUGUGGCUGCAAUUUUGGUAUUAUGUAUGGCGAAAAUUUUUAAAAAGUACAAAGAUCUGGCGUACUGGCAUUAUGUACAUACAUUUUUAUGAAAAUAAUUCAGUUGGUUCAAAAGUGAUAGUUUAAUAAAUGUGGACAUGAUACCACAGUCCUCUUUGUGGAAAGAAGAAACCAUCCAAUUAGCCUUAGGGUGUCCCUAAAUUAUUUUUAGAAGCACUAAACUGCAAGUUGGAAAGUGGAAGAGAAGAGUGUGUUGAAAGGAAGGAAUGUUUAUGAAUUUAUGGAUUCAAAUACUCUCUCUCGAAAGUGUAUGUGUUAAGAAACUGAGCAAAGGUUCUCUAAAUUGGAUAACUCAGAUUUGUGAUUGUCAUGUUAAACAUUAUUUAGAGAAGCAGAAAAUUACAAGAAAUGUCAUGGUCCUGUAAUCCUUUUAAUAGCCGUGCAGGGUGCUCAAAAGUUUAUAAGAGAAAUUUAUCUGUCAAGUUAUGAGUCGCAGAAAAAGGGGAAAAAAUAUUCUCACGUUUUCCAUAAAGAAUGAAAUUUGAGUUGAUAAUAUUGGCACACAAUGUUAAUAAAUAUGUUGAAAUGCAUUUUACCUUCUUACACAAUAAAGUAAAACUAAUAACAUGUUUAUCCCAAAAGAAGAUUAUUAUGUUUCCAGUAUCAUUAUCUAUAGGGUGCUUACAUUUGUUGCAUGCAAACUUCGUUUUUUAUAAUGAAUGGGAAACAAAUACUUAAAUUCAUAUUCCUUUCAUUUCCUGCUGCAUUACAGUGUUUACUGCCAUCCUUUCUGUAGCAUUGUAUAGUGCUUCACACCCAAUUUUUCUUGUGAUUAGACAUGUAAAAUCCCAGUAGAGAUAAACAUUUCAUUUGGUGCUGUUUAAGGAAAGUAGAUACAAUAAAUAUAACUUCUUUAUUAGUUGAAAAUUAAACAUCACAAAUUAAUGAACUGUCAAAGAUAGAACAGGUUUAAUACUAGAAUCUUAAAUAAUAUUGAAAUGCAAGCAUGAAAAUAACACAUUUCAGGAAAUAAAAGCUUUAUACAUUGUAUUUAUAAAAGACUAUUUUGAAAGCACAGUUAAUUUUUGAAAAUACAAGUCAAAUGCAAAAUGAAAUCCUCUCAUUACUAAUAUUUAAUCACUUUGACACACAUUAUAAGAACAGAAAAUAUAUGUAAAUAAUGCCCUUCUAAACAAUGUGACAUCGUCAGAGUGUGCACAAACAUGAAAAAUUAAUGUUAGGUAGUAUUAAAAUGCCACAUGCCUGAACUGAAUCCUGGCUGUGUGAUGACUACUUUUUACAGACUUGGACUUAAAGUUAUAUAUAUAUAUAUAAGGUAAUUUUUACUUAUAAAUCCUAACUUUCAUAUGAAAAAAAAAGUAUUGAUAUUUUGACAUACAGUAAUAUGCAUCUACUAUAAACAAUGUUAAUAGUUAUACUUGCACAAUCAGUGAGAUCUAAUUUUCAUAUAGUAGUGUAUAAUAAAAGAAAAUAUUAUAGAGGAUUGUUAUUAAUAUUUACAACUCUAAGAGACUACCACUAAGAUUAUCAUUUUGUUAAUAUUAAAAUACUAACUGCAGCUAAGUGUACAUAUAUUGCAAUAUUGUUGGGUACAAGAUAAAACCUCAGAAUUAAAUUUUACAAUACAGGCCUCAUUUUGGAUGGUUUAAUUAUAUAUAGAAACAUCAGAGUUUUGUGAUGUUAUCUCAAAUAAGUAUUAAAUAAACACAAAAUAUGUUGUAA